CAUAUAUUAGUUGUCUAAAUUCUGCAUUAGGCUUUGAAACCAGCUUUGGAGCUUUUGUUGGUGUUGGAAUAAGAAACAUAUUGUUGUCUUUGCCGGCCUCUAUAGCCCUAUACAACCAGAAAUUGUAUUAGCAACAAUGAGAAUAGUGCUGUUAGAUGACUUCACGUGCCCACUUCCUGGAGUUCUUUUUGAGAGGCAAUGUAUGUGUUUAGAAUUCGUCACAAAUUGGUGCAUGUUCAUAUAUUGGUUUGCCACGUAGGUUUAUUGUUCAUUGCCUUGCGAGAUAUCCGUGGCUUUUGUGGUGCUCUGUUGGCUGUUUACCUGCAUGAGAGUUAUAGUAGCUUCACGAGCCUUGGUGGGACAUACAGAAUGUGGUCAAGAUGCUGUGAUAAAAGUGUUACAAGUGCUUACAACUAUUGUUAAGCUCAGAAUGAUGCUGUAAAUUGUCUACCAUUUAAUGAUCUGGUUUGUAGAACAUUCUUUCUCCCUUGUAGUCGUGUUUUAAUCCUGUGUAAGUGUCGGUCGUCAUCAGUCCCUUUUUCUCAUUGUGGUCAUAAAUUCAGGUAUCUCGACACUUAAUUUUUAAUUAAAUAUGUAUGCUAUAUUGUAUGUUCCACCUGUGGCUAAACUUACAACAUUUUGAGAAGUGUUCCCUUUUUCUUUAUUUUUAUUCAUUACUGCUCCUACCUUAAAAGAGCUUCACUUCAGGCAACGAGCAUUUUUCUUUUUUUCUUCUUCUGAUUUUGCUUUAUACACAAAAGCACAAGGCCAUGAUAAGUGAAUCUGCACUGUGCGGACAUAUAGUGCUCUGAAGUUAAUAAUAAUAACAAUUAAAAGACUAAUAAUGAUGGCAACAAAUAUUUACUGCACAAAAGGAAGCUACAAAAUCAGUUUGAGAACUUGAGCAGGGAAAUUGUCAAGCAGAAUUCAAGAGGCAAGAUGAAAAUGAAAUUGUACGCUUUCUCACUCAGACUUCCAUUUUUGGCGCUGGAAGAUGCUCCCACUAGGCCUCUAUGUCAACUUCUGAAGCUUGCAUAAUAAUGUGCACAGCUGUCCCAAUAUUGCAAGCUGCAGUCAUGCUUUCUAGAUUAAUAUUAAUUGGCAUUUGUUUGCUGAACAGCAUACCCAUGCACACACUUUCGCUCUCCUGGAAUUCUGUAGUCUAUGAAAGUACAGCAGCCUACGGUUGUCAAAAUUGCCAGUGUUGUCGAAACAUGAUCUUGUUCCUGAGCACAUCAUUUUUUGUGUCUUAGGUUCGGUGUACACCUGUGGCACGGUUUACACUCUUCCUUGGAACUUAAGGUGGCUGCACCACUCGAGAAGUUUUACGUCGAGCGUGCAGGUUGAAGUGCUUGCCGUGUGUACACAUGGCUGUCGUUCAUUGUUUCCUCGAGAUUGAACUGGCCUGUGAUUUUUAAGAAGGCUGGCAGCAACCGUGAUGUGCGGAGUGCCAAAGCCUAAUACCAUUAUUCCCAACCCCCAUGCACUACAGGGUGCAAGCGUUUUGUAGCACCACAGGUAUUAUACCUGCCCGAGCCUUGGUUAUAAGUGCUGAAGAAAAACGUUCUUUUUACACAUUGUCUUCACUGGGUAGUAUAACAAAAAUUUAUUUAUACUCUGCUCUUUCAAGCUCCUUUAAUGGACAGCCUAGGACAUUCAUACAUCUUUACCAUGAGGCAAUAUUACAAGAAAUCUGCUGUUUGGUGUUUCCAGACACCAGCAGAAACGAUUUAUUGUAUGAUUUAUUGUAUGUAUUUGUUGUAUGAAUUGUGUGAAAAGCUGUACAGAGCACUGGCAAAAGAGGAACAAUAAUGACAGCACAAAACAAGCUAUUUGUUCCUCAUGUGUGCAUAUAUUGUAUACCUGCCUUUGUAUGCCAUGAAUCCUUACGAGAUGCUCAGGCUUUUGUCGGUCAAACAAAGAUUAAACAUUUCAGAGCUAAUCAAAUGCUGGCAUCAUACAGCAGCUUAUAAAAAAGGAACACUGCUGUUGCUAAGUUUCCUGUUGCUAAGUUGCCAUGACAAGUAAUCAACUUACAAUCAAUGAUACCAAAGUGAACCUUUGCGACUUUUCCAAUAUUUUUUAUACUUUUCUUUAAUGUUUAAUCACACUGACAUUCUAAUUGCCACCAUCUUUAAAAUGUGUCUUGCUCCAUGCUGCUUGCUAAGAAGAAGCUGAUGUAAUGUUAAACAAUAAGGUCACAUGGGGGAUCAAACUUUCUACAAUCUGUCAUUUGUUGCAUGGCUUUUUUUGUUCUUCCAGUUUUUCAUAUUCUGCAGAAAGUUCUUUGUGCCUGGUUGGUUUUAUGCAUGCAUCAACUUCCUGUGUUCUUCUUUAAAAAAACCAGUUGUUAGAAAUGUUUUUUCGGUUUAUGUCCCCGUUGUGCUUCUCAUAAAUCUUUGCAGCGUGUUAUCAAAUUAACGACAUUCAAACUACCACCAACACAAGCAUUAUUUAAUAACAGCAGGAUUCAUUUUUCAAACUUGCAGAGUACUUAGGCCCACGGUUCAUGCACAUCGUUAAGGAGGAGCCGCCAGCUGUUCCAGCUACUGUUGAAGAAGAGUUUGAAGCAGCUACCGGGAGCGACAGUUCGCAGACGGCAAGCAGUCGCCGAGACCUUGAAUGCAUCGGGGAAAGUGCCCCUAGCUAUGAAUGCGAGAUGUGCCACAAGGUCUUCAACACUGAUCAACGCCUGCUCCAGCACUCCGUAGCGCAUGGGCGCGAGUGGAAGUUCUGGUGCAGUAUCUGCGGGGCCAGCUUUGCACGAAGCGAAGAUCUGUUGGAGCAUGGGAGUACGCACGUCGACAAGCAGCAGCAUUGCUGUUUGAUCUGCCACAGGUCCUUCUAUCAUGCGGGCCUCCUUCGAAAACAUGUCUGGUGUCACACUGCUGUUCAUGAUGAGUUUGAAGCGCCUACCGGGAGCGACAGUUCGCAGAUAGCAAGCAGCCGUCGAGACCUUGAAUGUGUUGGGGAAAGUGACCAUCGCUAUGAAUGCGAGAUGUGCCACAAGGUCUUCAACACUGAUCAACGCUUGCUCCAGCACUCCGUAGCGCAUGGGCGGGAGUGGAAGUUCUGGUGCAGUAUCUGCGGGGCCAGCUUUGCACGAAGCGAAGAUCUGUUGGGGCACGGGAGCACGCACGUCGACAAGCAGCAGCACCGCUGUUUGAUCUGCCACAGGUCCUUCUACCAUGCAGGCCUGCUUCGAGAGCAUGUCUGGUGUCACACUAAGCAGCUGACAUUCUACUGCCACCUGUGCCCCAUGGUGUUUCCCGUGCGGCAGCAGCUGUUAGAUCACCUGCGCAACCACGAUCGGCGUGCCCCCUUUGCGUGCGACCAGUGCGAUGCCACUUUCAUCUUCGAAGUGGAGCUGAUGAAGCAUAAGAAGAGGCACAAGGAAGUUCGGCGUCAGAAGUGCCCAGAGUGCAACAAGGCCUUCCUUCGAAAGUGCCACCUGGCUAAGCACAGAAAGAUACACACAGAGGAAUGGCCGUUCAGGUGCAACAUCUGCACGAGGAAGUUUACGCGCCAGACCCACUUGGCUGCACACAUGCGAAAGCACGGAGAUAAAACUGAUGUGCAGCCAUCAAACUCGUAGGCUUCUCCUGCGCAUAUCUUCGGUCAAGAUUUAAAUCUCCACUGGAGCAGUUAGUGUCUACCGGAUGUGGUCUGUGUAAGCAUCUCACGGAAAUAAAAACAUUGGUUACACGUGUUUCUGUCUCC